AAAUUUCUUUGUCAGGAAAACUGAAUUUAUUUUCAAAAUUGACGAGGAAAACUAAGAUUUUUCUUAGAUGAUCUCUCAAUCGAGAACAAAGUUCCUACAUCAAUGUCGGGCGGCUUUUUCAUGUGGGAUCCGAUAUUACAGUCCGAAAGUGCUGAACGGUACCAAUGCGACUGUUUUGGAGGACAUGUAUAAUAAAUGGAAAACGAAUAGAUCGUCAGUCCAUCCGUCAUGGAGUCGAGUGUUUAAUGAUGACACCGAUUGGUCGGGUGUGUUUUCAGUGAAAACUGCCUUAGAUGCUUCCAUUGUCCCAUCUGUGCCAAGCUGUCCCAUCGACCAAACUACUGCCAAUGAAUCAAAAAAUGUUGAUUCGGCAACCAUUCAAAGUCAUAUUAACGUUCAUUCUUUGAUAAAGAGCUACCAGCAACGGGGGCAUUUAGCUGCCGACCUUGAUCCGCUUGGAAUUACCACAAUUGCUGUGAGAGAGGAGCAUGGAGUUAAGCGGAGAGCUGAUGAAUCAGUGACCAAAAAUUAUUUUAAUUUCUCGGCGAGUGACAUGGACAGAGAAUUCUAUUUGCCACCGUCAACGUUUAUCGCCGGAUCAAGGAAAACGCUGAAGUUGAGAGAAAUCAUCGAAAGUCUGGAAAAGGUUUAUUGCAAUAAAAUUGGGAUUGAGUACAUGCAUAGUCAGGACCACGUGAAAAUUUACUGGAUUCGGAAGCAGUUUGAAACGCCGGGAAAUGGCCACUUUACUAAUGAUGAAAAGAAAUUGAUAUUGGCUCGUUUGACGCGAACGACUGGCUUCGAAACAUUUCUGCAAAAGAAAUAUCAAUCGGAAAAACGUUUCGGCUUGGAGGGAUGUGAGAUGAUGAUACCAGCUCUGAAAGAAAUAAUUGAUGUUUCGUCCACACUUGGUGUUAAAUCGAUUAUCAUGGGAAUGGCUCACAGAGGUCGACUGAAUGUGUUGUCGAACGUCUGUCGAAAGCCGUUGAGCACUAUUCUGGCACAGUUUUCCGGUUUCAAACCGACGGAUUCAGGAUCCGGGGAUGUUAAAUACCAUCUAGGUACAUUCAUCGAACGAAUAAACAGAGUGUCGAGUAAACCAAUUCGAUUGGCAAUUGUUGCUAAUCCGUCGCAUUUAGAAGCCGUUAAUCCCGUUGUUCAAGGUAGAACUAAAGCAGAACAAUUCUAUAGUGGUGACAAGGAAGGCAAAACUGUUAUGUCGAUUUUAGUUCACGGUGAUGCAUCGAAUUGCGGUCAAGGUGUGGUCUAUGAAUCGAUGCAUCUGAGUGAUCUGCCUGACUAUACGACCAAGGGUACGAUCCAUGUCAUCGUAAAUAAUCAAAUCGGCUUCACCACCGAUCCGAGAUACUCGCGAUCGUCACGGUAUUGUACGGAUGUGGCUAAAGUGGUCAACGCGCCAAUUUUACAUGUUAAUGCUGACGAUCCCGAAGCAGUUAUUCGAUGUGCCAGAGUUUGUGCAGAAUGGCGUAACACCUUUCAUUCGGAUAUUGUUUUGGAUUUGGUGUCGUAUCGGCGUAACGGCCACAAUGAAAUCGAUGAACCAAUGUUUACGCAACCGUUGAUGUGUCAACGAAUUUCACAGUUGAAGACAUGUUAUGAAUUGUACUCGGAAAAACUAAUUGGAGAAGGCGUAGUGACUCAACCGGAAUGUAAUGCAAUUUGGGAGGAAUACCAAAAGAUAUGCGAGGAAGCACACGCUAUGUGCUUGAAAGAAACUACAAUCAAGUUCAAAGAUUGGAUUGACUCGCCUUGGUCCGGAUUUUUCGAAGGAAAAGAUCCCAACGUUUGCUUACCGACUGGUGUUCCUGAAGAAACUCUAAAACACAUAGCUGACAUUUUUUCGUCACCCCCGCCCAAUUCACCCAUGUUUGUUCUUCACAGAGGUAUUGAGAGAGUGUUAGCAGGCCGAAAGAAAAUGGCUGAGACACGACUGGCCGAUUGGUCUCUUGGGGAAGCAUUCGCCAUUGGGAGUUUGGUGAAAGAAGGAAUUCACGUCCGGAUAAGUGGACAAGACGUGGAGCGUGGAACAUUUUCGCAUCGUCACCACUAUUUGCACCAUCAAGAAGUGGACAAAUCAUGGUAUUGUCCACUGCAGCAUGUGUAUCCCGAUCAGGCGAACUAUCAGAUACAGAAUUCGUCGUUGUCAGAGUUCGCCGUUCUUGGCUUUGAACUGGGAUACAGCAUGACCAAUCCCAACUCAUUGGUAAUAUGGGAAGCUCAGUUCGGCGAUUUCGCCAAUACGGCCCAGUGCAUAAUCGACCAGUUUAUAAGCAGUGGCGAAAGUAAAUGGAUUAGACAGAGCGGCAUUGUUUUACUCUUACCGCACGGGCUUGAAGGAAUGGGUCCCGAGCAUUCGUCUUGUCGGAUCGAGAGAUUCUUAGCCAUGAGUGACGAUGAUGCAGACGAAAUACCCGAAAUGACCGACACUUUUGAAAUCGAUCAACUUCGUGACAUCAACUGGUUCGUUGCGAAUUGUUCAACGCCAGCAAAUUUAUUUCACGUUUUGCGCAGACAACUGGCGUUGCCGUUCCGGAAGCCAUUGAUUAUAGCAACACCGAAAAGUCUCUUACGUCUUUCCGCCUGCAGGAGUUCGUUCGAUGAUAUGACCAAAAAUACCACAUUUCAACGACUCAUUCCGGAUCAUUCGAUUCAGGAUCCGGAAAAGGUUGCAAAACUGGUUUUGUGUACCGGUAAAACGUAUUACGAUCUGGAAGUUGCACGGAAAGAACGAGGUAAAUCGGAAGAGGUGGCAUUAGUUCGCAUCGAACAGAUAUGCCCGUUGCCUUACGACCUCCUGACCAAAGAAUUGUCAAAGUAUCCGAAUGCGGAUGUAGCUUGGGCGCAGGAAGAGCAUAAGAAUUCGGGUUGUUGGCCAUAUUUGCAACCGAGAUUAUCGACGCUAUUGGAAAAUCGUUGCCUUUUAUAUUACGGUCGAGCGCCGUCGGCUGCACCAGCAACUGGAUCCAUACAUCGAUAUCUGUGGGAACAAGAGGAGUAUUUGUCUGCAUUGUUUGGUGAUAAGCCCGUUCCAAUGAAGCCUAAUCACGGCACGAAAGUAACCGUUGAUCAAAGUGAAGCGCGGAAAAGGUCUGAUCAUGAAGUGCUGGGUGGUGGUGAAAAUCACAAAAAACACAAAAAAAAUUUCGGUUUUUAAAUUAUAGUUUUUGAGUUCAUAGCAUUCUUGUGAUUUUU